AUGUCUGACAGCUUCAGCGCUGGCUUUCGGGAGUAUUGUGGCGGUGUACAGCACGCCAUUUCGUUGCAUCACAUCCUUCUCUUCUACCUUAAGUCGCGCCUUAUCUGCGUGUCCAGUGUCAAGUGUUUUGUGCUUAAUGGCCUUAUCUUCCUUGGAAGCAUCUACUUUUUCGAUCAAGCCGUGAUCCCAGUAAUCCAUCUGUUUGGAGAUCUACUGCACCGCUCCUUCUCCUACGGGACUGCAACUAAAGUUGAUGAUGUACGAGAUCAAGUUGAUGGCUUUGUCUUCUUACUUUACCAGGUGCUGUGGAUGUACCCGAUCUACUGCAUCAGCUUCAUUUUGAAUACGAUUUGGUACCAAGAAAUCGCUGAUGACGCGUAUGUGCAGCUUCAUGGUAAGCCGUCACCGACCCCGGUGACAGAUAUGAUUCGUGACGAAUUGUAUCGCGCGAUUAUUGUUGCUUUCUUUCUAUUGCAAACUGUAUUAACGUACCUCAUUCCGGUAAUCGGACCGGCAACAAGCUUUAUUCAUCUAAGCUGGCUAUAUUCGCUCUACUGCUUCGAGUACAAAUGGUCUCUUGCUGGCUGGAGUCUCGAGCGAAAAUUGGCACAUUUUGAGCAAAAUUGGGCUUACUUUGCAGGAUUUGGAAGCCCAUUCACCUUAGCCACUUUCUUUGUGCCUAACUUUGUAAGCAAAGGCAUCUUCGCGCUGCUUUUUCCGGUGUUCUUACUUCUUGCGAUAGCGUGCGACCCUGUUUCUGAAAGCAACAGAACGACCAAGAAAAUGCCAGUUUUUCGCCUCUCGCGAUGGUGCAGUUUGCAGUUGCUCCGUCGUAUUGGUAAAGCUACUGAAUCUAUUUUGGAUGUCGAUUUAACGGCUUUGUGUCUGCUCAAGCUUGUCCAGCGGGAGCGAAUUUGUUAUCAGAUAUCGGAAAGGAAACGAAAAACAAAAAACGGCAUAAUGCUAAAUACGACCAAGAAGGAAGUGGCGUACCUAGACAUGAAGGCCAAAAUAAAGCAUUCGGCUCAGCAUGUCGCUCAGCUGGGCAAAAUGGCUAAAGCUCAGUGGAUUGCAACUCAGCGUCAAGCUGGAAAAGACGCUUUCAACAAGGGAGAUUACAAGCUGGCAGCAGAGGCAUACAUCAAAGCACUUACUGCGCUGGAUUUUGGGUCAACUACAGCGGAAAAGGUCGCUUGCCAGCAAGACCUACAAAUUCCGCUUACAUGCAACUUGGCAGCGUGUAUGCUGAUGACAGAGCAAUGGGAUAAAGCGCGGUUAAUGUGUGACCAAGCACUUGCCAUAGAUCCGAACUGCGUAAAGGCACUUCAACAACGCGCGAAGUCGAAAGCCAAGGUUGCCGAUUUUCAUGAUGCUCGUGCGGACGUCUUACGGGCGAAACAAAUCAUUGGAGGCCCAUCACCGUUAUUUAAUGAUGCUAGCGAUCAACUUAAAGACCGACUUCAAAAAGAAUUGGAAGGCAUUUUACGAGCUGAACGCCGGCACAAACUGCGCUUACAACAUAAUAAGAAGUUUCAGAGAAAAAUGAUGCAAAAAGCGGUGGGGAGGCUUUACACUGACAAGGAAGAGAUCCAAAACGCUGACAAUAUCUCCAAUGCAUUACUCUCUCACCAUAAAUCCUUACUUUUACCGACCAGACGCGUUCAAAUUUGCUACAGUUUGGAUGCUGGAAUCGAGUAUUUACUGGCAUUUUUCGCUAUGCUCAUCACUGCAAUUUCACGAUUGCUAGUUGCUAAAGACGGCAAAGCCACGGUGGCUUAA